AUAGAAAUAAGUCUACAACCGAUCAUGUUCGUAACCGAUCCAAGCAUAACCGCGAUCUCCGAAUCUUGAAUUACUAAAAUUUUGUUCUUCGAUCUGGUCCGAAUUUAGAUAGGUGAACACCCUAGUCGAAUCAAUUACUUGUUGAAUAAUUCCCCAAAAUUUCCCCAUUAGGCCACUACAACAAUCUCAUUGAUCACAAUUAGAAAAAUUGAAGAUAUUUAGAGUACUCUUUAGUUGACUUUCAGUAAUGACUAAGUUUGACACAAUCUAAAAUGCUCGUUUCCACUCCUUUCUUUUGAAAAUCAAACCUACCCCUAUUUCAAAACACAAACUCAAACUAAAACUAAAAAAAACCGCAACACCGCAUCGUCGUACUCUUUCACCCUGUCUUCCAUCUCUGCAACUUAAAACUUCGGAGCAUCCCACAAUUUUUUUUUACAAUAUGAACAACAACCAAAACAACGUUGUUAAAUCUUUCCCAGAAACCAAAACCCAUCAAAACAAACUUUUCCGUUUAAUCAAAUCCACUCUCCUUCUAUCACUCCUCUUGUUUAUUUCCAUUUUUGCCCUCACCGCCUUUUUCUCCUCCCUCCCUCCUUCUCCGGCCCGCAUUUUCUACUCCAUCUCCUCCGCCGUCAUCCCCUCCUCAUCGUACCGCUCCUGCAACCUGUCGACCCAUGAAUCGGGCCCGACCCGGUUGGACCAUAUCCUGUUCGGGCUCGGCGGGGCUUCCAAGACGUGGGAGACCCGAAGGGUCUACUCUCAGCUCUGGUGGGACCCCAACACCACUCGGGGGUUUGUCUGGCUCGAUGACAACCCCCCGAAGAUGAGUCCUGGAAGGAGCUUUCCUCCUUACCGGGUUUCGGUUCGGGCUUGGUAUAGUCUGAGCCCGACCCAAAAUACGCCAUCGAGCUCCGACCGGAUGGCCCGGAUAUUGAAAGAAAGCUUCGAGCUGGGGUUGCCCGGGGUGAGGUGGUUUGUGAUGGGGGACGAUGACACCGUGUUCUUCCCGGAGAAUUUGGUUAGGGUGUUGUCGAAAUACGAUCACCGGGAAAUGUACUAUAUCGGAGGAUCGAGCGAGAGCGUGGAACAAGAUGUGAUGCACGGGUAUGAAACAGCGUUUGGUGGUGGUGGGUUCGCCGUGAGUUACGGUUUAGCUUGUGAAUUAGUGGGGAUUUUGGAUGGGUGUAUUAAUAGAUAUCAUAAUUAUUAUGGGUCCGAUGAGAAAGUUUCUGCUUGUGUUGCUGAACUUGGUGUUCCUCUCACCAAAGAACCCGGCUUUCAUCAGCUUGACGUUAGAGGAGACGUCUAUGGUAUUCUAGCUGCACAUCCCGUGGCUCCAUUGGUGUCGCUACACCAUCUUGUUGGUGCAAAGCCAUUAUUUCCAGGUGAAAAUCAGGUGGACUCUCUAAGAAGGCUGUUGCACGCAUACAAGGCUGACCCAGGCCUCACCAUCCAGCAGAGUUUUUGCUACGAUCAUAGUCGUAAAUGGUCGGUAUCCAUAUCUUGGGGCUAUACCGUGCAGCUAUAUCCUUCCCUUAUUUCAUCCAAGGUCCUGAGUGUACCUCUGCAGACAUUUCAUACUUGGCGUAGUGGGAGUGAAGGGCCUUUUGUGUUCAAUACCCGUCCUAUGAGGGAUGAUCCAUGUGAAAGGCCUAUUAUUUAUUACUUGGACCAAAUUAAGGAGAUUGGUGAAGGUAAAACUCUAAGUACUUAUAAGAGGGCUGCUGCUGCUGAUGGAAAAGAAUGUGCGCAACCAGCUUACAAGAAUGCUCUGUCAGUGGAGAAUAUUACAGUGUCUGCUUCAAAGACGGGUCCUAAGAAGUGGAUGAAGGCACCGCGCAGGGAGUGCUGCGAGAUUAGAAAUAGCCCGACUGUGUAUAGUAACAUGCGAAUAAUGAUUAGAAGUUGUAAGCCGAGGGAAUCCAUCACGAUAUGAAGGCUGUAUGUGAAAAACAAUAAUGCCAUAUGAACGGAGACAUUUAUAUCGAAACUUGAUGACUGCCUUCCUAUAUUAGUCAGGUGAGGACUGAGGAGCAAUCAUGCCAUAUGCUCUCACCAUCUGAAACUGGAUGAUUGCCGUGUUAAUGCUGUGCCGUGUUCAGUAUGGAUCUGUAAAUGAAAGAUUGAUUGUCUGUGCCUUAACUCUGACAGAAAACUGAUGCCAGUUGAUGAAGAGAAUGCAUGGGCAGAAGCUGGACAGUUGAUAAGUAUGAUAACAUCAGUAACGUUUGGGUCAGGUUAGGUAGGGGGGUUGGAGAAGGUAAUGGACGAGUCAAAACCUGAAGAAAUUGCCAUUAGUGCGAUUUUCACUUAGUAUCUCUGAAUGCAUUUUCGAAUCUUUUGAGAUUCUCGUGUUAGAAAACAAAGGGAUCACUGCCACGAUAACUACAUACUUAUCAAUAUGCACCUGUAAUCUCAUGGGAUAGUAAGGUUGAUCUGAUGAGUGAUGAUUACUGUUUGAAUUUUCAGGUAAAGUGGAAAUAUGGCGUUAUUGAAGGCUGUACCAAGUUUAUAUAAAUAGAACCAGAAAAGGAAAGGAGCACUUCUAGAUUUUUAUUUAUUUUUCCUAGGAGUAGAUUAGAGAAUAGAGAUAGUUCAUGUACACUAAUACUCCAUCAAGAUUACUAAGCAUCUAAGCUAUUUUUUUCACUUCUUAGAUGAUCGUCUGUGAAGGUAUGUAAAUGUGAAUCUUUAUGUUUGCCUUCAAUGAACUAUACAGAAACACGUCCUUGACUGCUGACAUCUUUGUAAUAGUUUCCAUCCGAAUUAAUAAAGUUUUUUUUUUUUUUUUUUUA